AAGACUUAGGAAUAUGUUACAGAAUUCUAGGGUUUGUAAACAUGGCUCAGGGUAAAGGAAUUCCUCGGGUUCUUGCUAAAUUGAAGUCGUCAGUAGAGGAAGGCAGGUACUAUGAGGCCCAUCAAAUGUACAGGACUUUAUACUUCAGGUAUUGCAGUCAACAGAAAUAUGCCGAAGUGUUAGACCUCUUGUAUGACGGUGCUUCUCUCCUGCUACGGCACGAACAGCAAACCAGUGGAGCAGACUUGGCCUUGCUAAUGUUAGAGGUGCUGGAGAAGUCAAAAACAGAACCUACAGAGGAGAACAUUACUCGGAUAGCAAGCUUGUUCAGCCUUCUAAACCAUGGCACUCCAGAGAGACACCAAUACUUGGUCCGCGCCGUCAAGUGGUCCUGUGGUGACUUACACAAGCUGGGCCACCCGAGGCUCCACCAACUCCUGGCACAGACACUUUGGAAGGAGAAGAACUAUGGAUCAGCGCGUUACCACUACUUGAGGUCAGAGGACGGUGGAGGCUGUGCUGACAUGCUGGUGGAGUUACAUCUACUGAGAGGCUACCCUUCUGAGAUAGAUCUGUUUCUCACCCAGGCAGUGCUCCAGUACUUGUGUCUACAGAAGAAGGUGGCGGCCUCUGAGGUGUUUGAGACGUACACCAAGACACACCCAACCAUCACCAAGCAGAGAGGUCCGCCCUUCAUCCUCCCUCUCCUCAACUUCCUCUGGCUUCUCCUCUCAACCAUUGAAAGCGGCAAGGUGACUUAUUUCACAGUCCUGUGUGAGCAAUACCAGCCGAGCCUAAACAGAGACCCAUCCUAUCGGGAAUACCUGGAUCGCAUCGGCCAGCUCUUCUUCAACCUUCCUGCACCAAAGCCUCAACCCGGACCAGGGGGAAUAUUUGGUAAUCUAAUCCAGGGUCUGCUUGGUGGUGGCUUGGGGGAUGAUGACUCAGACGACGAGGGGCACAUGGGCGGCGCCUCGUCCUCGGCCCACCAGGUCCCGCUGACGGCCGAGGAGCUGGACUAAUACUGCUCUGCCAUAGGAUUGUUAAGUGCUUUACUUUCCUGCCGGUCUGCGCUCCUGGCCGGCCUGUACAGACUUGCCAUCUUUUCUAAUAGUCAGGUGUUGAUUAUGCAAUGUAUGUUGAGACCUGUUCAGGCCUUUUGUAUGUGCAUUGCACUGGUUUUGUUUAGUGUCAUUACUACUGAUUGUUUUCCCUGUGAACCUAAACACGAGUAGGUUGUCUCCAAAGUUCUUGUCGUAAGUGUCGCGAGGAAGGAAGGUUAUUUAAGGAGAAGGAAGGUAAGGAGUAUUUAUGCGCAGAGUUCAUCUGUGGCCAGUCACUCAAGAUAGCUCCAGUAUGCAGAGUGCACCUUAUAUCAUACUUGUAGGUUUUUGAAGUUUGUAAAUAGCCAUGAGAGGAUAUUUAGACACCCUAGAUUUUGCUACCAAGAUCACCACUGUAUAGAGGAGUAGGUAGUUGAACUGACAGCCAAAUAUUUAUCAUAAGUUUUGUACAACAUGCCAUCCAGACAGACAAACAACAACUGACAGAAAAAAUAACUCACAAAAAGCAAAUAUAUGUAAAAAGAAAUCUGUAAUCACUUAUGGUAGUCACUCGUUCAAAUAGGAUUGUAAGGCAAAAGGUGUUUCUGUGUGUGUCUUGAAGGAGGGAGUGUCUCUACCAUGUCUGAAUGUGUAAACCCUGCCACUAGUGAGUCAGUCUUGGGGUUCAGCAGUCAGGCGUGUGAGAGACAAACAAAGCAAGGACAAGCAAACUAAAUCUGUCUAGAGCAUUGACAAAACAACUCAUAUGUAAAUAAGAAGAGAGCUGAACAGAAUACGUAGCUUUUUUUUGUUCUUUUUCCUGUGAUGCUUUAGUUCAGAUUUUCUUGUGCUAAAAAGUGAGUGAGACAAUGCACUAGUCUAUACUCUUAAACACACAGGUGGCUUUUAAUUACCACCUCUCAACAGGCUGCGGUGAAAGUUACUGUGGUUUCCAAGGGAGUUUAAAUGAUUCUAGUGAUAUUCUAACCAUUUGCAUCAUCAGUGGAAGGAAAAAAUGCAGUGAAAACUUGGCUAAGCAUCACAGUGGCCUUUGAAAGUAGUCCUGGUGAAAGGUGUGUGUGUGUUUGAGAUGCAGGCCAAUGUGUAAGUAGCAGACCAGCCUUACUUGUGUUGUCCAUGCCUGUACUGAGUGGAGGCUGGCACGUUGAAAUGUAAUGCUAUCUUGAACACUAUUUUGGUAACUGGUACACGGUGACAUGACUUAGAAAUGUCUGUAGAAGUGAGGUGUUACCGAUAUUUUGUGAUAAGUGUCUCUUCUAGGUAACUUGAGCAUAUCUUAAAUAAUUUGUGAUUUGGUUGCAAAUAAUAUAUAUAAUGAUGAUGAUGCUGAUAAUAUAUACAAAUGUGUAAUCAGAUUUUUCUGUUCCCUAGAAUCAAUGAAAUGCAUGAAAAAUCUUUGAGGAGAAGUAACGCUAACCAACUUUUAAGAGGAGUAAAUACAAACAACUACUGAAAAAACUCUUAACCUGAUAUAAAACUGACAAAAAUACACCAAAAACUACAUCCCUGUGUGUAUGUGUGUGUGUGUGUCCGAGUAUGUGUGUGUGUUACAGUUUUCACCUGAAGCUAAACACACACACACAGAAAAAGUUAAUAUACUGUUACUUUUCCAUGCAUUCCUUGUACCAGGCAAGAGUUUUUUCAGUAGUUCAUAGUCACUGCACCAAGGUAUUAUGUAGAGGCAGAGAGUGAGAGAGAGAGAGAGAGUGUGUGUGGCAUUCGUAUGACAGUAUAGAAGUGUAGAGGUGACCCUGACAAUAUGAUGGUGAGAUAUUAUUGCUCAUGACUCCUGGUGACUCUGGGUAUUAAAUUUAAACUAUGACUCUUAACUUAGAAUGAGAGAGUGUUAGAAAGAUGGGGAGAGAUUAAUUUAUUGAAGGUUCUUUGCUUUCAAUCUUUUACUGCACUAGAAUGAGAGAACGCUGGUGAGAUAGAACUGCUUGACUGAAUGAUUGGAAGUUUGGUGCUGUCAAGGAUGAAUUGUAACUACAGAAGGGAAUGAAUGAGAUAGAAGCUUAAAGAAGAAUGGAAAGGUAAAGGAAAGAAUGCAUAGGUUGGGAAGGAUAACUGGGAUAAUGUAGUUUGAAUGAGUAUAGAGAAGAGGAGAAUAGGAUUGCAUCAGAAAAAGAGACAAUAGAUGGAUUAGAAUAGGUAGAUUAAAAUAAAAUAAGAAAAGGGAUGAUAGGAAAGUGUUAUGAAGAAUCAGGAAAAUUUAUGAGGAAUUAUAGGAAAGUAGAGGAAAGAUUUAGAAAAGAUAAUGAUAAAAGGACAAAAUGGUUGAAGCUUUACUACUGGAAAGAAAAUUUACAAGAGGAAAGAAUUAAAAUGAUAAAGUGAAGGAGAAAAACAGAAUAUAGAUUGAAAGUUAAUGAUGUGUGAUGUACUACUACUAGUAAUAGCACUAUCAUAAUAUUUUCUUAUCUUUCCUUGUCUUUUUAAUUUUUUUUAUUUAUUUUAUUGCCUAGGGAGAUAAUUAAAACGAUAAAGUGAAGGAAAAGAACGGAAGAUAGAUGGAGAGUUAAUGUGGCGUGUGAUGUGGAGAAUGUGUUGCAAUAAUCCUGUACAUUGGUUAGACUUUUACAUAGCAGAUAUUUAUGAAGCUUCAAUUUAUUACUUCUUUUUAUAUUGUCUUCCUUUUUGGCAAUGCAAUAAACCAUCUGUGACACUUCAUCUGUGUGUCCAGGAUGGCGUACGGAAUCAUUUCUCUUCAUGUGUUCAGAAUGCAUUUGUUACUGUUUACUUAUUCUCAAGUCAUUCUCAGUUACGGAAGUGUAGGUCAAGUUGCCGGCCAGAGAAAAACAAUUAUGAUUCUUGGAGAUUAAAUGAAUAAAGUAUGGACUUCUGAACCAUUUAUGCUGUA